GAAUACCUAUUUAAACCACAAAGAAUACUUUCUAAAAAGAUUUCCCUACUUUCCAAAACACAUUUUCACAUACUCAAACCAGUAACCACCGCAACAGAACUCCCUGAAAAUCUCUCCUAGACCGGUAUUUGUCUUUGCUCACUGCGUAUUCAAAAUACCUGAAUGCUUACAACCCAUAAAUUCGAUAGGUCAGCAGUUCAAGGCUGUCCAACUUCGUUAUAACUAAUUUUUCAACUCUGCGUAUGCAGAACAUCCGGGCUAUUUGAAAAAACCCUUUUAUUAAGGGGUCUGUAGUCAGGUGAAGAGUUCAAAUCCCAGCGUGGGUAAAAACAUGUCUUCGAGCAGCGGGCUGACGUUCAAGCUGCAUCCACUAGUGAUAGUGAACAUCUCAGACCACCACACGAGGAUGAAGGCGCAGAGCGCGGCGCAGGGCGGGAGCGUGCCCAGGGUAUUCGGUUGCGUUAUCGGCGUCCAGCGCGGCCGUACUGUCGAAAUAUUCAACAGCUUCGAGCUCAUGUACGACGUCAAGACACACACUCUGAACAGGGACUUUCUCAACAAGAAGACCGAGCAAUAUAAAAAGGUUUUUCCAAAGCAUGAUAUUCUUGGUUGGUAUUCAACUGGGAGUGAUGCUCAAGAAUCAGACAUGCAAAUUCACAGAUCUCUUAUGGAUCUCAAUGAGAGCCCAGUUUAUGUACUUCUCAAUCCUGCUAUCAACCAUGCACAAAAGGAUUUGCCAAUUACAAUAUAUGAGAGUGAGUUGCAUGUUAUUGAUGGAUUUCCAUCAUUGAUUUUUGUGAAAUCAAGCUACACCAUAGAGACUGUGGAGGCAGAACGCAUUUCUGUGGAUCAUGUUGCACAUCUGAAGCCCUCAGAUGGAGCUUCAGCUGCUACUCAAUUGGCUGCACACCUAACAGGCAUUCACAGUGCCAUCAAAAUGCUGAACAGUCGCAUUAGAGUUUUGUAUCACUUCCUUUCAGCUAUGCAAAAAGCAGGUGAAAUACCAUAUGAAAAUUCAUUACUGCGACAAGUUUCAAGUCUUCUCAGGAGGUUGCCUGCUAUAGAGUCACCAAAGUUUCAAGAUGAUUUUCUGAUGGAGUAUAAUGAUACACUUUUAAUGACUUACUUAGCUAUGAUCACAAACUGUUCCAGUACUAUGAAUGAUUUGAUUGACAAGUUCAAUACGGCUUAUGACAAACAAAGCAGAAGAGGAGGCAGAACAGCUUUCCUUUAAUAAUUGGUAUGAACGUGUAGUAUUGGAAUGUGGUUGGUACCUCAUUCUUGGGCUGAAAAUGCCAUCCUGCAUAUUGUAUGCAGACUGCAUUUAGAGGAAAUUUAUGAUAACCUCUGUGGUUUGCACGUCAUUUGAUGUUGCAAUUUUGCGUCAUGCUUACUCAUGUGGAAGAUCAUAAUAAUUUUUAAGUCAGCUACAUGAUAUCUUAGACGCACUGCAUUAGUGAUCCAUUAUUUGUCCUUUAAUAAGGUCAUUGUAAGCACUAUAAGUUCUGACAAUAUGGCAUGGAAGUAUACAAAAUGCCACAGAUGAAAUUGUGGCAUAAUCUGAAUUUGGGAAAACGGACAUUGUGAUAAAAUGAAUGGCUCAUGAUGAAAGAGUGUCACUUUGUAAUUGAUGAUAAAUUCAAAUGCAACUCAUGCCUUACGUAUUUUGUUGAGACAUGAA